AUGGCUACUUAUUACAACAUUAGCACUCAACAAAUUGAUAGCUGCCUACCUAAACAACCAGUGCUCAAUUGUGCUCGACUGUCAUCUCAACUACAAUUUUCCAACCAAGAAGUAAACGACGAUAAUUGGAAUAAUCAGAUUCAAGUUUCAUCUUCAACGAUUAUGGGUCAAUGGCACAAUGGUAUGGUGUACUUUACCCCACCGCCAGCCCCAAUUCCACAAAAAUCCUUGACAGAAGCAGAAACAAUCGGGUUCCAAACAUCACAAGACCAAAUGUCUCAAAAUGGAAAGUCGCCAAUCGGACAUUGGCACAACGGAAUGGUGUACUUUUCGCCACCACUAACUCUGUCAUCUUCUCCAGAAUCUCUCGAAUCUGUAUCGGAUCAACAAUCCAACGAUGAUGUAUGCGAUGAUCACGGAUGCGUCUACUUCGAAGAUGGAACCUACGGACCUGCUCCAGUUUCUCCUAAAUCUCUCUUUGAUAGACCCAUCGAAUUUCACUCUGACUACAUUGAUGGCUAUUUCGAUUGCAACUUCGUCUAUCGCCCAUACUCGCAAUCUAAGUGA